ACGCACAUGACUGCUCACGUGAUAUCACUGAGAACAACAGUUGCAUAUAAAAGGGUAUCAAAUACUCAGUCUCGUCUUCUGUAGUUAGUUAGGUGUAUCACAAAGGUUACGAGAAGGAGGGGUGAGAAGAAGAUCACAGAGAGUAUCAGCAAACGGCAGAAUGAGGUGUGUGGCUUUCCUGUGUGUGCUGACAGCUCUGUCUAUGAGCUCAGCUCGCCCUCGUCUCACUCCACUCUCUGAUGAGAUGGUCAACUACAUCAACAAGGUUAACACUACUUGGAGAGCUGGACAUAACUUCCACAAUGUGGACUACAGCUAUGUGAAGAAACUCUGUGGAGCCAAACUGAAUGGAUACAAACUCCCAGUCAUGGAUCAGUAUGCUGGAGACAUCAAACUUCCCAAAAGUUUUGAUCCUAGGGAGCAAUGGCCUAACUGUCCCACUUUGAAAGAGAUCAGAGACCAGGGCUCAUGUGGGUCAUGCUGGGCUUUUGGGGCAGCUGAAGCAAUCUCUGACAGAAUCUGUAUUCAUAACAAUGGCAAAGUAAGUGUCGAGAUCUCUUCUGAGGACCUGUUGACCUGCUGCGAUUCCUGUGGGAUGGGAUGUAAUGGUGGAUAUCCUUCUGCUGCUUGGGACUUCUGGACAAAUGAGGGCUUGGUGACAGGUGGACUUUACAACUCUCAUAUAGGCUGUCGGCCAUAUUCCAUUGAGCCUUGUGAGCAUCACGUAAAUGGAAGCCGUCCUCCUUGCACAGGGGAAGGUGGAGAUACUCCUAGCUGUGAGCAAAAGUGUGAACCUGGCUAUGGUGUCUCUUACAAGCAAGACAAACGUUUUGGAAAAAAAUCCUAUGGUGUUCCCUCUGAAGAGAAGCAGAUUAUGCAAGAGCUCUACAAGAAUGGCCCAGUAGAGGGAGCUUUUACUGUAUAUGAAGACUUUCUUCUGUACAAGUCCGGUGUCUAUCAGCAUGUCAGUGGCUCUGCAGUAGGAGGCCAUGCAAUUAAGAUCCUGGGCUGGGGCGAGGAAAAUGGCACUCCCUACUGGCUAGCUGCUAACUCAUGGAACACUGACUGGGGUGACAAUGGCUUCUUCAAGAUCCUGAGAGGUGUGGAUCACUGUGGCAUUGAGUCUGAGAUUGUGGCUGGUAUCCCUCAGUGAGUCCAUAGACAAAAAAUCAAUAUACACAUUCAGGUUUUACAGCACUAGGGAAAGUUAUUAUUUUCCUUUUAUGAUGUAGAUUUCAGAAUGCCUGAUGUUAUAGGACUAAUCAGUCAUCUAGGGUUUUUUUUUUUUUUUUUUUUU